CUACUUCAUAUUUUGACCUCAAAUUCUGCAGUGGAUCAUCUUGUAAACACAGCAAGUCUGGGACAUACUUUCUACUUCGAGGAAGCGACUGAUACAUCUGUGUUUCCACAUUUGCUGGACAUAAAUUUUUGGGGAAAUAUUUAUCCAACAUUUGUUGCUUUACCUUACCUGCACCAGAGCAAUGGUCGAGUCAUUGUUAAUGCAUCAGUGGAGAACUGGUUACCUCUGCCAAGAAUGAGUUUGUAUGCUGCUGCCAAGGCAGCUCUUGUAAACUUCUACGAGACACUGAGAUUCGAAGUGAAAGAUGACAUUGGAGUUACAAUCGCAACACAUGGUUGGAUUGGGAGUGAAAUGACUGGAGGCAAGUUCAUGCUAGAGGAGGGGGCUGAGAUGCAAUGGAAGGAAGAAAGAGAAGUACAUGUGAGUGGUGGAUCAAUGGAGGAGUAUGCAAGGCUGAUAGUAUCUGGGGCAUGCAAAGGAGAAUCAUACGUGAAGUUUCCAAGCUGGUAUGAUAUAUUCCUCCUCUACAGGUUUUUUGCACCAAAUGUUCUGAAUUGGACGCUGCGAAUUCUUCUUUCCUCGCAUGGCGCGAGGAAAACAUCUCUGGUGGGCACGGGGAGGCCCCUGCAGCUGGAGUACUCUGCAAAGCCUCUAAUUGAAGGCACCCCUCCCAGGAAACAGCUUCUUGCUAGUCCCACUCACUACUCCCAAUUCUCCACUCCGCAGCAGCAGCAGCAGCUCAAAUGGGAAUGAAAAAUGCUUUCACGUACAACCCCUACAUCCUUGCAUGCAUGUACCUCGUACCUUCUAUAAAUAGAUAAUUCGGUUUUUUUAUGCUGGAAAUUUGUCACGUACAGAUAUUUCUAUACUCUGUUUAAUAAAAAAACAUAAAUGUCGGAUGAUGCCUAGCUAGCUCUUUCCGGAUAUUUG